AUGCGGUAUAUAUGCAAACUGACCGAUAAUAAUCAACUACUGUUUAGGAAACGAAAGUCACCACAUCAACGUCCAAGUCAGAAAACAGCGUACCCUGCAAUUCUCAAUGAUCAGGGUGCGGACGAUCAGCAUUCCAGCGGAUUUGUUUCUGCAAAAGAAGACGAUAAUAUUCAUGACGAAAGCCAUAAUGUUCAACUUGCGGAAGUCAACAAUAUCUACCGAACCAUUCCGAAUUUAUAUCAACUUGUUGGAUUGUGUUUGGACGAAAGCACUACCGGACGGGGUGAUUCUCUAGUGUGCAAGGCCAUUAUUCAUCCAGAAGAACUGGAAAAAGUCUGCAAUAUAUUGGCUCCUGGAAGUUAUCGUUCGGUCUCUGAUAUACAAUUUAAACAAUUGGAAGACGUCGAUAUUCAACUAGUUGGUUGUUACGGAAAUUGUGAGACCAUUUCUAAACUGCUGCUUCAAAACAAUGUCAUUGACAAAGAUAGCUACGAGAAAUUUAUUAAAGGCGAACAAACACUGGCUACCGGACUUUAUUUGUUAAUUAUUGAGUCGGAUAUGAAUCUCCAGCAGUCGCAGGAGACUGCAGUAGCAGUCAGUACAAAGUUUGGCCUUAUAAUCUUGUGGCUGGAAAAGCAAUUUUAUGAUGAAAAAGAAAUACCGGCAAACGCAACAAAUCUUCACCGAUUUCUUACACGAUUGACGGACCAUCAAAUCUGCUUAAUGAGUGAAGGAGAUUUAAGAAAUUUUUCCUUUUCCGUAAAUACAAGUGCAAACAGGAUUGUUAACAUUAAAGUUGAAACAGACCAAAAACAAGAAAAAGGCGUCUCAGUUGAAAAAAAUGAAAUUGAGAUCAAGGUACCAGAUCUGGCCAUAUGUAAUGAAGAUCCAUCAUCAAAACCUUUCAUCAUAGAAUCAACUACUCUACAAUCCUUGGCUAUUAUGCAAAACAUUAAUAAGUCUACAAUUACGUCAGAAACGGUUGAUAGAUUUAACUCUUUAUGUGAAUUUCAAAAAUUUUGUAAACUGAUGUUGAAUGGGAAUUGCUAUGGUUUAAGUGUGCCUAAUUUGAGCAUAUAUGAGUUAACACUCCUUGCCAAAGAUGGCUUAAACCAGCUUGAGCUCUUAGAAGAUUAUGAAAAUCAGAUGAAAAAUUUGGAAGAUCAAACAGAAAAUCGUCUGAGUAAUUACAAAAAAAAAUUAAUUGAAUGGGCUUUUUCAAUCUUGCAAGUCAGUUACAGUAUGUUUGAAAAAGAAUCCAGAGAUACCUCUUUAAACUCACUGAAAGACAGUAAAGAGCUUAACACAUUCUAUACAAGACAUAAAGAGCUUUGUAACAAAAUCGAGAGUAUGGCUCUUGCAAUUGACAACAGCAACUGGAAACUUUUGAAGAAAAAAUUCUACUAUUUGAGUGGACUAGCAGGAAAUGGAUUUGAUGCAUUUUUAGAUGUUCUAAAUACUCAAGGAAACAGCUUGCCAAGUAAAAGAAUUGAUGAUAUCAACAGCCUUAUGCAGAAAGUGGCAGAAUGUUUUAUGGAUCAAGUGGAUCCAGAAGAAGAAUGUGAUCAAGAGACCAAGAACACUCUUGAGCAAGCAACCAAAAUGGUAGAACAGAUAUCAGAUUCAGAGUUUAUUAAGUGUCUAUGUAAUCUACAGAAUCUGACAACUCCCAAGACAGUAAUGAAAGGCAUUAUUGCAAUGUUUUCUCAAGAAAAGAAAGAACAUAUUUGUGAAGAACAAUCAAAGAUAUUGAAGGCUAAACUUGAAUCAUUAUACUCAACUACCACUGGAUCACAAAUUAUCAUCACUGAGUUGCAAAAGAUAACUACAAUGCAACAGUUAUAUCAUAACCAAUCACAACCAACUCACAACACAUUUGAUUGCUAUGAGCUACACUAUGUGACUGAAAUAAACAAAUCUUACUUGUAUGAGUUAAAGAUAUGGGAGUUUGAACUGAAUAAGUAUGACAAGCUCGAAGAUGGUAUCACUUACAAGCAGCAAAAGGUUUUGUAUAUUAACAAGGAGAAGUUUGAAAUCAGACAGAUACAUGAUUGUAAGCAAAUGUGUGAAAAACCUGGCAUAUGCAAUGUUGACUCCGCUAAAUUAGCAAUAGCUGAUUGGAUACAAAAUGUCAAGAAUAAAUUGAAGGUGCUGCCAAGUGUCAUAGCAUGUGGUCAUGAACCUAUUGAUGUGCCACCUCUUAUGGACCACGAUGCUGGAUCUUUCAUAGACAAUAAAGAGAUACCAAUACUUGGUGGAUUCAGAAAGAAUGAACUAUUAGAUAGUGGGCUUGUACUCAGCGGAGAAGGGUCUGUUGAUAGCACCACGAGCCUGCAAGACUUUUUCGAAAAAUGCCAUGGUCAACGGUCACUUGCACCUAAUGAUGCUAAUUGGGUUGAGCAAUACAAUAAGUUUGUCAAUGUCACCGUAAAUUGCAGAGAACGCGUUGAAGCACUGGCAAAUAUUCGGCAACAGAAAACUGAUGAAUCUAUGUGGGCCCUCAGGGAAAAUGUUAUCAUCUUUCUGUCAGAUGGAGAUGCCGCCACACCCGAUAAUGAACUUGAAGAAAUAUGUGAAUUUAAUAGAGACAAUGAUCAUCCAGUCUACCUGUAUACAAUUCAAUUUUCGGAGCGUGAAC